CUCGACACGGAAGACCGCCAGAUGUUCCCCUGAUUGAGGCAUGUCGGGCUUGGCAACAUAGAUAGAGCUCCGUAGAACAGAGGGGGCCCGCACUGCUGGUGCUGUUCAGGCCCCAUGCGGCCAAGCUUGCUUCAUGCGUCUCCCUUUUCUACCGCAGGGAGACCAGCAAGCAGCAAACAGACCUUUCAGGCGCCCAAGUCUGUAGCAAAGCAGUUGUUGCACUGUCGAAAGUGGAGCUUGAGACCACAUGCUCCAAAGGCUGCCGAGUCAGUCGCUUCUACAGUCAUCGAUGAGCAGUCCUUGAAUGAAAGGCGAUCUUCAGCUGCCCAGGCAGCCAGCACUCCUGACUCCACCCACCACAAGGAAGUGAGGGGAGCAACAGAGACUGCGCGGGCCACAUACAACAUAGUGUUUGUCACUGCUGAGGUAGCGCCAUGGUCAAAGACCGGGGGCCUGGGUGAUGUGUGUGGAUCUCUGCCCCCCGCACUGGCAGCUAGGGGCCACAGGGUCAUGGUUGUGUCUCCGCGAUAUGCAAACUACGAUGUUGUACCGGAUUCAAAGGGUCCUCAGAUGAAGGUUUCUGUCUUAGACACAGAGGUGGGCUUGUACCACCACCGCAGCAAGGGUGUGGACUGGGUGUUUGUGGACCACCCAUCAUACCCCAGACCAGGCGGGCUCUAUGCUGACGCCUUUGGGGUGUAUGGAGACAACCAGUACCGCUACACACUCCUGUGCCUGGCGGGCCUGGAGGCUCCGCUGCAGCUGCAGAUUGAGGGGAGCACCUUCGGCGAUGACUGCAUAUUCAUUGCCAAUGACUGGCACGCUGCCAUGACACCCGUCUACCUUGCUGCCAAGUACAGACCUGGCGGCGUGUAUGGGAAUGCGCGCUCAGUGCUCGCCAUCCACAACCUCCGGCACCAGGGCGUGUUCCCGCCCAAGACUUUUGCGACGUACGGGCUGCCUGGGCACUGGUAUGGCGCGCUCGAGUGGCAGUACCCUCCACACCAGCGCCAGGGCAGCUACGAAGAGGAAGGCCGCGCUGUGAACACCAUGAAGGGCGGCAUCAGCACGGCGGACAGGAUAGUGACCGUGAGCCCGGGGUAUGCCUGGGAGAUCCUGACGCCGGAGGGCGGCUGGGGCAUGGAGCAGAUGCUGGGCAGCCGCGCGUACGCCCUCAACGGCGUCCUCAAUGGCAUUGACAACCACGACUGGAACCCCCAGCACGACAAGCACCUGGCGCAGAAGUUCUCCGUCUCUAACUUCUCGCGCGGCAAGGCUGCAAACAAGGCCGCGCUGCAGAAGGAGCUGGAUUUGCCUGAGCGCCCCGAGGUGCCGCUGAUUGGCUUCAUUGGGCGGCUGGACUACCAGAAGGGAGCGGACCUGGUGCUGGGCGUGCUGCCCUGGCUCAUGGAGCAGGACGUGCAGCUGGUCUGCCUCGGCACCGGCGACGUCAGCCUCGAGGCGGGCAUGAGGUGGAUGGAGAACACCUACCCAGACAGGGCGCGCGGCUGGGUGGGCUUCAACGUGCCCAUGAGCCACAAAAUCACGGCGGCCGCAGACAUCCUGCUCAUGCCCUCGCGCUUUGAGCCAUGCGGCCUCAACCAGCUCUAUGCCAUGGCCUACGGCACUGUGCCCGUCGCACACGCCACUGGAGGCCUGCGCGACACAGUCCUCCCCUUCAACCCCUGGGAUGGCACUGGCACCGGGUGGACCUUCUCCCCUUGCACGACAGAUGCCUUCACUGGGGCACUCAGAAACACGCUGGAGACGUUCCGCGAGCAUCCAGACUCGUUCAAGGCGCUGCAGCAGAGGGGCAUGGAGCGCAACUCCACCUGGGACAAGGCGGCUGCCGAGUAUGAGACCAUCUUUGGCUGGGCCAAGAUCGACCAGCCGUACUGCAAAUGA